AUUAUUUACACCGCUUCUUGACCUCUCUGUCUCGCCUCACUCAUCUUCUCUACUUCAUCUUUCAUCUCUUCAACUCGUCCAUCGAAGCCACAGGUGAGUUGCUGGUGUUUGCCAUUGGGUUGUAGGUCUGGGAGCAAGGCAAUGCUGACCGCGAGGUGACGGCAGAAACAAAACACCCUCACAAUGGCCCAACCCGUCCUCGUCCCCUCCGCCUCGCUGCACGGCAAGGUGGCCAUCAUCACCGGCGCCUCGCGCGGCAUCGGCAAAGGCUGCGCCCUCGAACUCGGCAAGCGCGGCUGCAGCGUCGUCGUCAACUACGCCAACAGCAAAGCGGGCGCCGACGAAGUGGUGCAAGCCAUCAUCGCCACCGGCACGGGCGCAAAGUCCAUCGCCAUCCAAGCCGACGUGUCCAAAGUCGCCGAAAUCGAGCGCCUGUUCGUCGAGACGAAGAAGCACUUUGGCCGCGUGGACAUUGUCAUGUCCAACUCCGGCACCGAGAGCUGGGACAAAACGGAGGAGAUUACCGAGGAGAAGUUCGACCACGUCUUCAACUUGAAUGCGCGCGCGCAGUUCUUUGUCGGCCAGGCGGCGUGGAGGCAUUUGGAGGAUAAUGGCCGCUUGAUUCUCAUGAGCUCCAUUGCCGCCGGCUUGUUGGGCGUGCGUGACCACUGCUUGUACAAUGCGUCGAAGAUGGCCGUCAUUGGCAUGAUCAAGGCGUUUGCCACGGAUUUCGGUGUGCGUGGCAUCACGGUGAACGGCGUUGCGCCGGGUGGCAUCAAGUCGGACAUGUUCACGCAGAAUGCUUGGCACUACAUCCCUGGCGGCACCCCCGAGUGGCCGGCGGACAAGAUUGAGAAGCUGAUGGCCGACCACUGCCCGCUGAAGCGCUGCGCCGUCCCCGAGGAUGUGGCUCGCGUGGUUGCCUUUUUGGCUUCCGACGAUGGUGGAUGGGUCAAUGGCCAAGUCAUCACCAUCUCCGGCGGCUCCUCGCAGUAAGCUAGUCCCGAGCAAGAGGGCCGAGCACGGAACGGAGCAGGAAGAGAGCAUGAUCGUGGAGAAGCGCGUUGAGCCGUAAUUCAAUGUCGACCCAUGAACGAGAUAGGCAUGCAUCGAGUUAUUGAUCGGACAAGGCGAGAGAAAUGAAUAGACCAUCUAGGCGACAUUGAAAGGCAAUGCCAGUACAAAAGUUAGCGUACGUAUUUGUAUCGUCUUCACCCACCUGUCAAGACGACACUGCACUCUACUCUCUCGCCCCUCAACCUCGCGAAAGGACUACACCUGUCUCUGGUGAAAGUCCACCGCGCGAUAUCGGGCUCCCACCAAGGCCUGCUUCUUUUGACUUUUACCCGGAUUCUCCCAUCCAAUCACGGCACAUCGUCUCGGCCCCGAAUUGGGAAGUGGGCGCCAUUGGGGAACUUCAUCUGGUCAUCAGUUCAUCCGUAG